AUGACUGAUACUAACAACCAUAUCCAAUUAGAACCACAAUUUGAUUCAACAUCUUUCCUGCUGCAACAACAACAACAACCGGAAGAAGACUUAAACUUAGAAUCUGAAGCAUGGGAUACUUCAAUACAAGAAAAUGAGUUACGAAGAGCCUCUCAUCAAAGUUUAUUAGAUGAUGGAGAUGAAGAUGAUAUUGAAAAUUUGGAAGAAAGCUAUAGUAUUAGUAGUGGCAAUGAUGAAGACGAAGUCGCGUCUCAUGAUGGAGUUGAGGGAGAAGAGAAGGAUGGUCAUAAUGACGAGGUGGUUGUCAACACUGCUGAAAACGUAUGGGAAACCGCGGAACCGAACGAAAUAGAGACCAGCGAUGUGAGAGCAUAUGUAGAGGAGGAUGAGUUGAAUGAAAAUACUACAAAAGACGAUGAAAUUGAAUUAUUAGACGUAUCAGAAGCGGACGUAUCACCAACAACAAAUAAACAAGUUGUAGAGAUCGAUGAUCCCAGCGACAGUGAAGAUGAACUCAAGUUACUUGAUGUAGUGGGGUUUGAUACUGAUGGAUUUUCCCAACGGGCAGUGGUAGAGACUUCUGAAAUUGAUCAACAAGUAAAUCAAACAGAAGCUGAAGAGAAGACACAACAACCAACCGUCGAAAACAACGUAAUUGAAAUCCAAUCAGAAUCUGAAACGGAAGAUAUAUCUCCAAUAGAAUCAAAUCAUAUUCUUCUAGAAAAUAAUAAUGAAGACAAUCCUAGAUUCAUUGAAAAUAUUCCAGUGGUUUUAAAUCUCUUGGAUACAGAAUUUCUAUUAUUUCCUAUAAAUCAAGAAACUUGUCUGACUGAUUGUUCACAUCUAAUUUCAUUAUUUGACGAUUAUUCAAAUCAAUCAAUGUCUAUUAAAGAUUUAUUUGAUUUCUUGAGAUUUAAUGAAGAUUUGAAUGAAAUACGACAAUUUCAAGCAGAAGAAGAAAUGGUAUUGGAUAUUCCAAAUUUAGGAGGUUUACAUAUCACUGAGGAUAAUGUUUGUUGUAAAAAUGUGUCUAUUAUUAGUUUUAUUGAAUUGUUUGCAAAAUUGGUUGAUUCUAGUGAUGAUAAACUAGAUAUACCACAAUUCUUGAAUUUAAAUAUUACUACUCAACCAAGAUUUAUUACUAAGUUUAAUGAGUUGAUUAACUCUGUUGAAUUGGGAAAUAUUGGAUUUCAUAGUAUGCAUCAAAAGCGAGUAUCAGAGGAAAAUGAAGAUGAAGAUGAAGAUGACGGGGACAUUUCCAAGAAAAGAAGAAGAAUAGAAGCAUAG